UAUCACUGGCUGCAUGCAUGGCUGAAGCGACUGCUGCUGAUGCUGUGACCUGGAGUUUGGUGUCAGCAUCAGGACCGAGAGUGCGUGAAGUACAUUAUAGUGUCAAGUGGCUACAGAGAGAAUAAACGGACGCGUAGACCCAUUUUACACAACAGCUAGUUGAAGGGUUGGUUUGAAGGUCCUGUGCAUGGCGUGAUGGGGUCCUUCAGCCGACAGGAGUUCUUCCAUGAGCUUGCGGAGGGCUGUCUUCUGCCCACCGCUCAGCAGGGCCUGGAGCAGGUCUGGCAGCUUCUGGUCAUCUGCCUUCUAUGCCGACUUCUCUGGAUUCUGGGCCUCCCCUCUUAUGUGAAACACCUGAGCACCGUGGCAGGAGGGUUCUACACCCUGUACCUGUUCUUUGAGCUCCACAUGGUGUGGGUGGUGCUGCUCAGUCUACUAUGCUACCUCAUCCUCUUCCUCUGUCGGCACUCCAGUAACCGGGCCACCUUCCUCUCCAUCACCGUCUUCAUCUACCUGCUCAUGGGAGAGAUGCAUAUGAUGGACACCACCACCUGGCACAAAAUGAGAGGUUCCCAGAUGGUGGUAGCUAUGAAGGCCAUUUCUCUGGCCUUUGACCUGGACCGAGGUGUGGUGACCAACGUGCCCUCUCCUGUGGAGUUCAUGGGCUACAUCUACUUCGUGGGAACUGUCAUUUUCGGACCCUGGAUCAGCUUCAACAGCUACAGAGAGGCUAUAGAGGGCCGCAAGCUGAGCUUCUCCUGGAUAUGGAAAGUGUGUGUCAGCUGGGUGAAGAGCCAACUGUGUCUGGUCAUCUCGAAUUGUGUUGCUCCCUACCUUUUCCCUUACUUCAUCCCUAUCUAUGUGGACAAGCUGCUACACAACAAAACAAAACAGAAGAUCAGAGGUUCUGUGGCAAGCUGGCUCCUAGCCUACGAGAAUGCACUCUCCUUCCACUUCAGCAACUACUUUGUGGGUUACCUGAGUGAGACCAGCACCACUCUGGCUGGAGCAGGCUUUACUGAAGAGAAAGACAACCUCAAAUGGGAUAUGACUGUUGGGCCCCUUCAUGUGGAGUUCCCCAGAUCUAUGGUGGGGUGCACCUCAUGGAAUCUGCCCAUGUCCCGAUGGCUCAAUACCUAUGUUUUUACCAGUGCUCGCAACCUUGGAACCUUUCCAGCCAUCCUAGUGACAUACACAGCCAGUGCACUUCUACAUGGUCUGAGCUUCCACCUGGGUGCAGUACUACUGUCUCUCGCGUUCAUCACAUAUAUUGAGCAUGUUUUGCGGAAGAGACUGGCAGACAUUUUAAACGCGUGUAUUCUGUCAAAGAAAUGUCAGCCAAACUGCACCCACAAGAACAAAAAGGCCCUGUGGGUGUACAUUAUUAAUAUAGCCUUCAGUGCCCUGGCAGUCUUCCACCUGGCAUACCUGGGCUCUCUGUUCAACUCCAGUGUGGACUACAUGGAUGAUGAUGAGGAGAGUGGCGUGGCCAACCACACCAUUCAGAAGUGGUCGGAGCUGAGCUGGGCCAGCCACUGGGUGACGUUUGGCUGCUGGGUGCUCUACCGCAUCAUCCUCUAGAUGUGUGAGGGAGAGGGAGCGAGAGAGAGCUGGGAACAGAGAGACAUAUAGAGAAGGGAAGCAAUAACAAGAGGGAAUUAAUGUGAGCCUGUUGAGGAAAGACCGGCUCUCUACUCCUGCACUGUGAAGUUGUAUUGGACUGAAGAGUACACACAACCACCCUAUGGACAGUAUAUUAACUAUUUUCUCAAUACCAACAUACAGUGCUCAGGACACCACCUAAGAGACGAGGUCAUCUACUUACUGUAACCUGCUGGUGACAAACUAUUUUUGAUACUCUUGAAAUAAUGCCCCACUCUUCCUUAAUCACAUCGUUUUGUUUGAGUUGCUGCAUUUGUCUACCCCUUGUGGCGAGAUAGACCAACAGCAGAUAUGGAUCAGACAUCUCCAUGCGAUUCUCAAUCAAUACCCAUCCUGUUAGCAUGACAGUGGUCAAUCAUUCACUCUCUUUGAUGAACAACUAAGAACCCGUUCUCUAGUUUUCAGAAGUGAUUCCGUAAUAUGCCAUUAAAGUAAUAUUUUCCUUUUCCUCCAUAUUCGAAAGCUACAUUUUGUUAUUACACCCUACUUAGUUAAUACAUUUGUAGAGCAUGUAAAACCCCUUUUUUUAUGACCACACAAACCAGCAUUAUGAGAGCAUAUUUCCUUUGUGGAUUUUAAUAGAAAAUUAUGUUUGUAUUUUUUUUUGUAUUUUUAAUUUAUAKAAAUAAGUGUACAUUGCUGUUUGUGCAUUUUAUACUAUGUUUUUCAUCCUAGUGUAAUUAGAGACAUUUUUUCAAUUUUCCUGUUAAUAACUAUGUAACUGAUAUAUCUACCACAUUAUUGUAGUUCAGUCAAAAAUACAAAAGUAUUUAAUUGCUCAGUAAGGGUUUUUCAUGUUGCUUUAAAGCUGAUUAUGAAAAUGCAUAACUUAAAAUGAAGUUGCAUCUGUAACCAAAGCCUUUGGUCAUUUUCGACAUGCUGCUCUUUUUAACAUGCUUUUAAGGAAAUGAAUAAUUCAUGAUGGAAUACUUACUGCUCCUGAACACACUGGACAUUGAAACCUACUGCUCAUUUGGUUCAUGUGAUGAGGGCCAGUCCAGAAACAACAAGGACUUUUGUUUCCAGUUGGUUUCUGUUACACAACUGUGACUGGGAAACUUACACAAACAUAUACUGUAAUUUACUAGGCUUUCCCUUAGAAUACAAGGUUCAUGCAAUGUACAUGUGCACAGUCUUAGCAAACCACCUUUCACCACUGUCCUUUUGUCAAACUUUUACCUAUAUGUGUGAUGCUACUGAGAGAGGUCUGUGAUAUUUUUUAAUACAUUUUCUAUCAAACGGUAA